CUCCCCAAAAAUAAGCUUAUCCCAAUAUCCCAAGCCAAAAGUAUCUUCCUGAAAGAGCAACUGAACAAGCCAAGCUUCCCCCCAUGAAGUGCCUCCAGCUCCAAUCUUCACUGCUUCCCUUGCAUGCAAAACUCAAACCUCAGCCAAAUCAUACAAGCCACACCAGCCAAAUCAUACGUGCCCAGCAUUUCCCUUUAGCAAGUGAUCCAUUAACUACCAAGGCACUUCCACAUUCAAUGGUUGUUGCCCCAGCCCAAUCCGGUGACUUAUCCACCUUUCUCCCAAUAAGUGCGGUGCUUCUAUCGGCAUACUUCAUAGCAAAUUUUGUCGUGCCAGGUUUUCUUACCAACUCUUUCGGAUACGAUAAGUCAAACGAAGAGCAGAAGGUUGACGAUUCAAAUGAAAUAGAAGAUGAAUAGAUAGUCAAGGGAGGUCACGAAAGAAACAGGAUUACUUAAAUGUGAGAACUGAGCUCAGGAUCAGGAUGGUUGAUGCACUACUGCAUGGUUGUAUCAAUGUGUCUUUUGUUGUAUCUUUAGUUCGCAUUUAGAUUAUAAAAUAUCUCAAGUGUCAUUGGCGUUGCCCAUUAGUAUUAGCUAUUCUAGACUUGGUAGCGAUUACAAUCUCAUGAAAACCAAAUUGUUCCUGCCCUUGAUUCAGUGGGAUUACUACCCACAAAAAAAUAUAUAUUCAGCAAAAACAAAAAAAUAUUAGUAAAUCU